AAUGGGCUCCUGCUGCCGCCCUCCACGACCACGGCGCUGCGCUGCCUCCUUCUCACACUCCACUUCAACCCGAGUAGCGUCCGCAUCCGCCCCCGCUCCGCCCGACGGUGAAUCACUGCCACCACCGCUGACGACCUUGUGGUGCGGCAGGGUGGCCUCUUGAGGGAGCUGGAGGUCAGGGGAAGACCUGUUCCAUGCGGCCCCGGCAAGGGCGUACGAGGUGGCCUGCCAGUGACAGUGUGUGCCAGGCCUGCUGCUUCGUGGCUGCUGGUGCCGCUGCCAAUGGCGAUUUCUGCUGUCGCUGCUGCAUCACCGCCGCCACCAGGCAGCCAAGCUUUGUGUCUGGAGAAGAUGAAGCUUCUGUCCGAUGCGGAGAGAGGGAGAGUCUACUGCUGCACGCAAAGAGAUAUGGAAACUAAGCUGGAGGUAUCCAUGUCUUCACUUACUGAUGACCUGAUUGUGGAGAUCCUGUCUCGGUUGCCGGUGAAGUCGUUUUGCCGCUUCCAAUGUGUCUGCAAGUCUUGGCUUGCUUUCUCAUCCGAUCCACAUUACCGCCAGAAGCUCUCAAGAACUCCAUUCGGUUUCUUGUACCAAACAUAUGAUGACGCUUCCUUCCAUCUUGCCAGACUUCCUUCAAGUGACAGGGAAAUCUACACAAUACUUGGCUUUGUCCGUCCAGAGUGCCCCUUAGAUCUUGUUGAUUGCAGCAAUGGCCUACUUCUUUGUUAUCCUCCAGAUGAUAAGCCAUAUAUCACAGUAAUUUCCGACGCCUUUGUGUGCAAUCCGGCAACUCAGGAGUGGAUGGCACUUCCAAAAACUGUGCUCGGACCGGCUGUGACCGAGAAUGAUCUCAUAUUGUGUUUUGAUCCAUUAUGGUCUCAACACUUCUAUGUCUUCAACUUUCAGCGGACCCCUACUUCCGUAGAUGGAUACUCCACUGAAGUUAAGGUAUUUUUCUCCGAGGAUUCCACAUGGUCUUGUUGUCUUUGGGAAACUGAAGAUCUAUUUUGUGGUGAUUCAUGCUUCAUAAAUGGGGUAUUGUAUGUGAGGCACUUCUGGGACCAUGAGCUUCUGGUGCUCAAUGCACCUGAAGUAUGUACACAGUGGCUCAAUGAUAGGAUCAUUCAGCUUCCAGGAUUUCCAUACGUGCCAGAGACGUUUAAUUGUUUUGAUGGGUGCAUUUGCCCAUCGUCAGGGGUCCUAUGCUAUGCCCAACAGGAAUUGGAUGGUUAUAUGCUGCGAAUUUGGAGUUUGGAAGACCCUGACAGGUGGGUGGUGAAGCACCGUCUAAGCAUGGUCAAUGUUUUUGGGAGGGACAUGUUGCUCCGUGCUAAUGAGGAAGGAUUGUGGUAUUUCGAUUACGACAUCCAGGCUUUUGACUUGGAGAGGGAGCUAGUUAUCCUUGUUGACAGAAUUGAUGAUAGAAAAGGCUCAUUUAGCAUCAGUGCUGGAAAAGGCUCUCAGAUUCAAAAUAUCCCAAGUAACAGCAAAAUAUAUCACCGUCGAUUCUAUGUGCCAUACUAUGGCAAGAUUCCAGCUUUUUUUCGAAGAGACGAUGAUGGAUUAUUCAGGUUUGGAGCUUUGUGGGGCUCAGUAUGAGUGCUAGCUUGUAUGUAUUAUGCCAUGAGUGCUCUACUCUGUAAGCAUCUUAUGUGCAUUACCUGUACCAGAAGUUGUUGUGUUAUACCGCUAGAUUGUUGGAUCUGUGUUCCGUUGGUCCGAAUGGUACCUGUUCUGCCUGUCAA